AAAGAACUGGGUGUUGAUUCGGAUCCCUUUCACGUCCACGGAACACUUGGACAUAGUUGACAACAAUGCGUAACGACGCGUACCUCUAGUGGCACCGUGGAAGGAGGGUCGUUAGACGCACGCAGAUACACGGUUGCCCGCAUACAUUCCUAACCAACACGCAGUGAAGCGUUCGUAAAAUUUAAACGAUGUAACAGGAAUCUCUUCGACCAGAUGGACCUUCCCCAGUAACCCCCCUCUUGCCAAUAACGGUGCGCAACCGGAGCGGGCGUCCUUUCUUUCCCUGUGUUCUGAGCCGUUUGCAGAGGGCGAUCAGGACCGGAGUGACUAAACUACGAGAAGCAUUCCAGAGUAACCGAAGUAUGUUGAAAUAUCUCAACAACCACAGGGCAAGCUGAAGGAGGACAAAGUCAUUCGACGAGAGUCAAACUUCCGCAGGCGCAGUUCUCCUCGUCCACAGUGGCGCAGCGAAGCGCAGGAGUUCGGCUCGGCUCUUUUUUGUUGUUGCCUGUAGACAGACAGCACUGUGUGCAGGAGGGUAUACAUUGAGACUCCUGCGGGGUGAUUGUUUGCAGCCUGCAGUAGCAGGUGUUUUCGCUGAUCCCCCUGCGAGGGACGGAGGGGGUUUAUCCUCAUCUUUCUUUCUAAGACUGGUGAGAGGCAGAAAAAAGAAAAGAAACCCGAGGAGAAUGUUGCACCAGGAACAAUGAGCUCAGAGUUGUCGCAUUUUACACACAUCCACACAUGUUCCGUAGAAUUCAGUUUUCAUGAACAAUUCUGACUCAUCUUUGGAAUUUUUUGUGAGAAAAAAAGUGGAUCCAACGACUUUGUCACCAUGCGAAAUACUUGGCUGUCUCCCCGGAGUGCGAUUUGGGAAUAUUGGACUUCGCUGAUUGCUUGCCUCUUUUGGAUUCAGUACUCUUGCGGGAUGCCUCACGUUAUACGAAUAGGUGGAAUUUUCGAACAAACAGACGGACCUGUUAGCGCAGAAGAACUUGCCUUUAAAUUUGCUGUGAAUAAUAUAAAUAGAAACAGGACUUUGUUGCCAAACACAACGUUAACGUAUGACAUACAGAGGAUUAAUAUCUAUGACAGCUUUGAGGCAUCGAGAAAAGCCUGUGACCAGCUGGCAUUAGGUGUUGUUGCAAUAUUUGGACCUUCACAUAGCUCAUCUUCAAAUGCUGUGCAGUCCAUCUGCAAUGCUCUGGAAGUGCCGCACAUCCAGGUGCGGUGGAAACAUCAUCCGAUGGACAACAGGGACACUUUUUAUGCCAAUUUGUACCCAGAUUACUCUUCAUUAAGCUAUGCCAUUCUGGACCUUGUGCAGUAUCUCAAAUGGAAAACAGCCACUGUUGUGUAUGACGACAGCACAGGUCUAAUAAGGUUACAGGAGUUGAUAAUGGCCCCAUCAAGGUACAACAUCCGAUUAAAGAUCCGCCAGCUUCCUCUUGAUUCAGAGGAUACAAGGCCUCUUCUUAAGGAAAUGAAGAGAAGUCGGGAGUUCCGCAUCAUCUUUGACUGUAGUCACCAGAUGGCUGCGCAAAUUCUCAAACAGGCCCAGACCAUGGGGAUGAUGACAGAGUAUUACCACUAUAUCUUCACCACUCUGGACCUGAUGGCCAUUGACCUUGAACCAUAUCGCUUUUGUGGCGUCAACAUGACUGGUUUCCGGAUCCUCAAUGUGGAUAAUCCCCAAGUUGCAUCUAUUGUGGAAAAAUGGUCAAUGGAAAGGCAGAUCCCGCCUAAACCUGAUUCAGGCCUGCUGGAGAGCAUCAUGACGACAGAUGCAGCUCUGACCUAUGAUGCAGUCCACAUUGUAUCCGUCUCAUACCAGCACGCUCCACAGAUGACUGUGAACUCACUGCAGUGCCACCGACACAAGCCCUGGAGAUUCGGGGGGCGCUUCAUGAGUUUCAUCAAAGAGUCUCACUGGGAUGGUCUGACUGGAAGAUUGUCUUUCAACAAGACAACUGGGCUACGCACAGACUUCGACUUGGACAUCAUCAGUCUAAAGGAGGAUGGACUUGAAAAGGUAGGGAAGUGGAGUGCGUCAGGAGGUCUUAACAUCACAGAAGUGCCAAAGCGAAAAGGAAUGAACAUCACUGAUUCCCUGGCUAACCGUUCCCUUGUCAUCAGCACCAUUCUGGAAGAGCCAUAUGUCAUGCUUAAGAAGUCUGACAAGGCACUGGUUGGGAACGACCGUUUUGAAGGAUUCUGCAUCGACUUGCUGAAAGAGCUGGCCAAAAUCCUGGGCUUCACCUAUGAGAUUCGCCUGGUGCCAGACGGGAAAUACGGCUCUCAGGAUGACAAGGGCCAAUGGAAUGGCAUGAUUAGGGAACUAAUCGAACAUAGAGCAGACUUGGCGGUGGCUCCUCUCACCAUUACCUAUAUGCGUGAGAAAGUUGUUGACUUCUCAAAGCCCUUUCUGAACACUGGCAUCAGCAUCCUUUAUCGCAGACCCAAUGCCACAAACAACGGCUUCUUUUCCUUUCUGAACCCCAUGACUCCAGACAUCUGGGUGUACAUUCUCCUGGCGUACCUGGGUGUUAGCUGUGUUCUUUUUGUCAUUGCAAGGUUUAGCCCGUAUGAAUGGUACGACGCCCACCCCUGUAAUCCCGGCUCAGACGUGGUGGAGAACAACUUCACCCUCCUCAACAGCUUCUGGUUUGGAGUCGGCUCCUUAAUGCAACAAGGCUCGGAACUGAUGCCCAAAGCACUGUCGACCAGGAUAAUAGGUGGAAUCUGGUGGUUCUUCACACUCAUCAUCAUAUCUUCCUACACAGCUAAUUUAGCAGCUUUUCUCACUGUGGAGAGGAUGGACUCGUCAGUGGAUUCAGCCGACGACAUUGCCAAGCAGACCAAGAUUGAGUAUGGGGUGGUCAAAGAUGGAGCAACAAUGGCUUUCUUCAAGAAAUCAAAGGUUUCUACAUUUGAGAAGAUGUGGGCCUUCAUGAGCAGCAGACCGAGAACGUCCCUGGUGAAGUCUGUUGAAGAUGGGGUUCAGAGGGUGCUGAAGUCUGACUAUGCACUCAUUACAGAGUCCACCACCAUUGAUUAUAUCACUAGGAGAAACUGUAACCUGACACGAGUGGGAGGGAUUAUUGACAGCAAAGGCUAUGGCAUCGGCACUCCACUCGGCUCUCCAUACAGGGACAAAAUCAGCAUAGCAAUCCUCAGCAUCUUAGAGGAUGGGCUUCUCCACAUUCUGAAGGAGAAGUGGUGGAGUGGAAGCAGCUGCUUGGAUGAGGAGCGUCGUGAGACGGGCCCCAUGGGGAUCCAGAACCUAGGUGGUAUAUUCAUUGUUCUGGCAUCUGGCCUGGUGCUGUCUGUCUUUGUGGCAAUUGCUGAAUUUAUCUACAAGCUGAGGAAGACCGCUGAACGUGAACAGAGGUCUUUGUGCAGCGCCAUGGUGGACGAGAUCAGACUGUCGUUCACCUGCGAGAGACGGGUGAAACACAAGCCCCAGCCUCCGGUCAUGGUGAAGACGGAUGCAGUGAUCAACAUGCACGCCUACAACGACCGGCGACUCCCAGGAAAGGACAACAUGAGCUGCAGCACUGGGAUGACUCCUGUGUUCCCAUGACAAUGUGCUCCCCGCAGGGCAAGACCCUUGUGAGCAACAUUUCAGGGGCGUUGCCGGAGCCCAGGGACAAUGGCAUAGACGGGAUCACGAGAUACAUCAUUAACCACAGUGACAUGGGAACACUUACAAAACA